AUGGGAAAACUUGCAAGGAAGAUGGGAAUAAUUCAUCGAGAGCCCACAAAACAAAAACCUGCAAGAAUAAAUGAAACCCACGCAGAUCAGCAGACCGCAACAGAGUCAACUGCGACUGAGGAAACCGAAGAAGGUUCUUCACAAAAUGACGCCAUUUGGCUCUCGGAGGACAAUUCAAACUCGGAAAAAAGUAGAAAAGACGAUGAAGAUUUCAUAUGUCGUGCUCUCAAACCAAAGCAACUAAGGUUGCCACGAUUCUACGGGGACGAAGAAGAGUUCCCUGAAUUUUGGGCAAUAUAUGAAACGCUCGUUGACCAAAGACAAGAUAUGACGCUGGUGACCGAUCGCGCAAUUAAAGCGCCUCCAAUACCGUACCAAUUGCAAGAACUAACACUACUACUCGGAAUCAAUACGGCAAUGUCCGCAAUAAUGCGUUUCAAAAACGGUAAUGAAAGCUUGGAGGACGAAGAACAUGGAAGUCGGCCACAAGUCGUCGAUGACCAAGUGUUGAAGUCCGUCAUUGAAUUGGAUCCACGCCAAACCACUCGAGAACUGGCAACACAUUUUGGUUGA